AUGGCAGGUGCUGCCACUUUCGUGUCGGUAUUCCAGUGCCACAGCUGGAUUCUCUCGUUUGGUGGCCGUGCUGUGCUGUAUUUCCACAACGCCGGUAGACUUCGAUACACGGUAGCCAACAAGGUCGGAAUAUCCUUCACCCCCUUCCAUAUCCAGCCCUCCUUCACUAGGCCCACCAAUACCUCGCUGUCCGAGUACGCACUGAGCGGUGAGAUGAACCAUUUAGGCAGCGACAUCUGGCACCGAGUGACUAAGCAUGAUGCACAGUGCUCGUCCAGCGUCUCCUCCUAUGGGACCCCGUUCGCGGUAAGAGCGUGCCCAUUCAUGACUGUGCCGCUCGCUCGAUCUCUGAAAGAAGCUUUUCGUCCAAACACCAUGCUGGGCCCGGCAGAGAGAGCAAUGGACCCGAUCUGCCUCAGUAGUAGAGAGAGUAACUACCGGCUGCCGCUGAGAGAUCCAACCUACAGCGGCGUCGCCAACACAGAGCUGGGGGUGCCUCCGGCACAGGUCUGA